CCUUUCUCCACGUACUCAUUUACUCGCUGCCCUACUCCCUUCACAAAUUUGUCACGAUAACUACUCCCACUCAAUUAUUUCAUCCACCACCACCACGAUGCAAGGCCUCCGCUGUUACGGCGCGCUAGCUGACGGUGGCGUCCUCCUCGAACUCACCCCAACCGCCGCCUCUCCCUUCGCCAUCGAUGUGGCGGAGUCCGCCGAGACCCGCAUCCAGCGCCUCAUAUCUGAAAACCCCGUGAUCAUCUUCAGCCACGUGAUGAAGCGCCUCCUCUCCACCAUCGGCGUCCAUCCCACCGUCAUCGAGCUGGAGGAAGACGAGAUGAGCGAACUUAAAGCACGCAACGCCAACGCCAACGGCGGCGGCGCGUCUGUCUCCCCUGCGUUGUACAUAGGCGGCGCGUGCGUGGGGGGGCUGGAGAGCUUGGUGGCGUUGCACUUGAGUAAUAAUCUCGUGCCUAUGCUUGUGGAAGUUGGUGCUCUGAGAAAUGAACUCUUAAUUAGCUGAAUAAAUUUGUGAAUUACUAAAAUUUGUGGCAAUAAUUAUGAAUAGUAUGAUCGUAAUUUAGGACAGGAAAUUACUGGUUUUCUUGUUAUUAUAAGUAUAUUAUUAUUGUAAGGUGGAGUUAUGUGAAUUACUGGUUUGGUAGCCUGCUGAUGAUAAAUUUAUGUGGAAUUGUGAUGUUUCUUGAAUGAUAAAUUCUGAGAAGUUUUUCAAAUUA